GUUGAGUGGAUGCAGCGUAUAAAUAGUAGGCGCGGCGGAGGCGCCUCUCGCCGAACGUCUUGGUUGUUGGAAGGCUGUUGUUGAGGAACAUGGCUGAAAUGUCUGGAAGAAUCAUUGAAGCACAAGAUAGUGAUGUCAGUCAGGAACUGGAGGGUCAGUCGUCUGCAGCACCCACAGUGAAUCGCAGAUAUGUAUUGCCAAGUGGAAGAAUCAUGCCGAACACAAUUUUUGUUGGUGGAAUUGACUUUGAGAUGGGUGAGGAUGAGAUGCGAGGUUUCUUCACAAGGUAUGGUGCUGUGAAGCAAGUUAAAAUAAUCAGCGAUGGAGGUGGUGUUUCCAGAGGAUAUGGCUUUGUCUCAUUUCACAAUGAUGUGGAUAUACAGAAGAUUAUUUCUGAAUCACAGAUCAGCUUCAAAGGGAAGAAAUUGAAGAUAGGACCUGCAAUCAGGAAGCAGCAAGAUUCAUAUCCAAUUCAUUUGGUUCAGGCAAGACCAGCUCCUCUAAUAACGUCUCCAACUCCUUGUGUGUGCCAAAAUACAGACACAUAUUUUCAAUCGCCUGGAUUUCCUGGGUCAGCUCUUCAGUAUGUGCAAACUUAUUCAUAUCCGAGUCCUCCUGCUGUGGCAUUACCACAAGUACAAAUGGGAUAUCCACAUCCUGCAUAUAAUUAUCAGGCAGCAACACAGUGGCCACCAGGAGGUCAGUGGAGAUGGAUGAUGCCUCAGGUGAUGCCUACUGCAGGGACGUAUGUAAACACCCCGUACCCUGAAAUGAUUAACCCAGGAACUGUGUUUGUGCAGAGGGAAUGUGAUGCACAGCAGACUCCAUCUUCACCUCUAGAUACAGUUGAAAAGGAGAAAAGAGUGCACAGAUUUACAGUUUAGAAGUAGUAGUCCAGCAGCAUCUGAAGUGAAGUAACUGGUCCUGUUUACAGGGUGGAUAAAACAAAAUGAUCUUCAAAUCUGAUCUUUGCUAAUAUCUUUAUUGUGUUGAUCCUUAAGCAUGGGCUACAUUUAUUAUUGUUGGUCUUGUCAUAUAGCACUUUUGAUCAUGUAAAACUAAAAUCCAUUUUCCUACUGGAAGCACUAAAAAGUGUGUUCCUGGUCACAUUCCAGUUGAAUCACUCUUGUAUCUACUUGAUUGACAGUAGACCCGCUUCAUAUUUCUCUGACGUAUUUAUUUCUAAUGCGCAAACUUACGGUGAGUGUAUCCUAAUAUAACUUACUUUAUAGGUUCCAACUGCAUUAGUUUUUAAAGUGAAACUUAAUUGGUUUAAGAUACCAUUUGAACCACAAAAUUAUUCUUUUCUUUUUGCCUUUUUUAUGAUCACCUUGAAGACUGAAUUAAAUAAGAAAGCUAAUGCCAAUUAAAAGUAGUAAAUUUACCUCAAUUAGGAUAUCUUCAUAUUGAUAACAGAAUAUUUUUUUCAGUCCCAAAUCUAAAUGUAAAGAAAAUGUGGAACCCUGGUUUAUAUUGUUUCUUAUCUUGAAACACUCUUUCAAACAGACGAUUGCAACAAAAGAAACAUGAUACAUGUAGCAUAUCAACAAGCAUCUGUGGAAGGAAUAGCCAUUUGCUUCAUAUUCCCUGUAUUUGUUUCAAAUUUUCAGUAAUUUUCUUUUUAUUUUCCUUGCGUUUUUGAUUUAAUUCGCAAAGAGAAAUAUAGUGGUGUCAACUUGCUGUGAGCAAUACUUGCAGUAUUCUUAUUUAAAAAUUCAUGUCUAUAACCAGCUACAGAAAAGUUUAAAUGAAGCUUUACCAUAACUGUAGGAAAUAUAGAUUUUAUCAUCGUGGUAGAAGAUAUCACAUUGUAGUAGAAUUUCAAUUAUUUGUUAGACAAGGAAAAUGCAUAUCAGAGUACUUGGGGAGGUUCUCUUGACCAAAUAUUGAGAUUUCACUACAUAUCAUGUGAUUCUGAUCCUAUAUUUUAUAUCCACACCAUUUUACAUGGAUGAGCUGACUUUUGCCAUUACUGUAGGGCUAAAUACUUGAAAAAUCCCUUCAGCUCUCUAAAACUCAGUUCCAUCCAACAUUUUUAACCUUCUCUUUUACAGUGUCUUAUAGUUUCACAAAAAAAAUUGAACUGUGACCCACAGUAAUUUAUUGGGUCUAUUUUUAAUAAGUUGAAAUUGCAUCUUUUUAAUUUAGCCACUAAACUAAUAAUGGCUUUGUUCACAAAUGAAACUGGAGGUUAUAAGCAACUUGUAUUUUUCAGAGUAUAUUAAGUUGCUAGCAUCAUUUUGAAUUGAAAUAACUUGCAUUUUUGUACUCAUCUAAGCAUUGAUGUUUUUGUAAAUUCUGGGUGCCUUUUACCCAUAAAUUCUGUUUGAAUGCUUUGCACUGCCUGAAAUACCUGCAUCUUGGGAGAAUUAAAGAUUGUUUUUCUCUCAGUGAAAAACAAAUCGUGCACAGGUUUUUCCCUGAUUUAAUUAAUAUCUACCUUGAAAGUUCUAUACUUCUGAUUUGCCCAUCUAAUCCAAGUAAUAUUUAAUUGGUUUCAGUGUUUACAAUUGGUAUUCUUUGAAACAACUGUUCUGAAAAAGUGCUCAUUUUGAAGAUUAUUUUAGGUAAAAUGGUGAGUCUGCUGUGAACUGAAUAAUGGAGUUGUUUGCUCCAUAAAAUAUAGGUUAACUAGAGCUUUUCUUUAAAGUGUGUUUUAACCAUGCUGGACCUUGUUUGGUAAUCUGGCACCAACUUGGGUUUGUGAUUUAAUACUGUGACACCAAAAUAAAAAUCAUUUUUGUGUAUAGAAAAUAGUAAAUGACAAUUCCAAUUUUAACUUAAAUUAGGGAUCACAUGUUCCAGAGUUUAGCAGGUCAGUACUUCCUUCAUGUUAUCUAGUGAGAAUCAAUGAAAAAUAUAAGCUUAUAUAAGAUUUAAAAAAAUCUUAAACUUCGUUAGUGAUGAAACUGAAAUAUUUCCUAAAACUAAAACAAACCUCCUAUAUUGAUAAAAGAAAUUUGUGAUAAAAGUAUCAAAUUUUGUAUGUUUAAGAUAUAUGUACAAAAUAUUAUUUUCAAGUUUCUUGUCCCUAGUUAAAACUUGGAGUGAAUAUCAUAUUGUUUGCGAAUGCUUUUCAUGUUUAAAACACGUGACUCAGUUUUACAAGUCUUUCAUAUUUUGUAAAUGUUAUGUACCUUCUGUCUUUUUAUACUAAACAUGUUUAGUACUGUCAGGUAUUCUGUUGUUCACUGUACAUUUCUGUUCUGUGGAGAUUUUUGACCCAUUGUAACUAUUUGGAGUGGCCUGAA